UAAACCACACACACACACACACACACACACACACACACACACACACACACACAAAGCAUAUAAGCAGCUCAUUCUGUAAAAUGUGCUAAGAUAUUAUUCUAGGUUGAAUAAAUGAUUAACUGUGGGAUUAGAGAAUACUGAAGGACUCUGGAAGUCUAGGAGUAAACAAGUUCAAAUAAGUCCCAAAGAGACAUCCUGUGAUCCCCCAGUCCACAUUCAGCCUGGGACCAGAGUGACCAUGGUGACCUUGAGAUUAUGUCUAACUUUUGAUUGGAAAUAAACAAGUUUUUAUUUUAUUUUUUGCUCGUGUUUCUGAAGAAGUACUAAUCAUCCUGGUGGUGGCUUUCAUCCAAAAAUCUGACCUUUGUCCAACGACUGUUUAGGUGCUACAGUAGCUUAGUGGUUAAGGCAUUGAUUGGACUUUAAUGAGGGGUUUGAUAACCGCCAACUUGAGGGGUUUAGGGGUUUAUGAUCCAAUGGCAUGUCUAAAUGUUUUGAAGUCCAACAUUUUUUUGUGUUUGCUUAUUUGACAAUUUCAAAAUAAGAUUAUUUAUGGAUCUUGUGUAUUUAUUUCUUCAUCUUUCUACACAGGGAAUAGGUUUCUAUAAAGUGGGCAAUGUGCGUACUUGUAACUAUUUGGUUUGUUGUACAAUUGUGAAUUGCAUGAUGUCUUACCAUUCAGAUGGUAUGUUGCAUCCUGAAGAUAUUGAUGCAGCAUCCCAAGCGCACAAAGUUUGAUAAGUGACAAUUGACAUUUUUUUUUUAUAUAUAUUUUGUUUGACAUUGCUUUUUUGGAUUAUAAAGUUAGUAUGAGUUCACAUCGUCAGAAAGUAAAAUGUUACAUGUAUGUUUCAGUGGGUGUAAGGUGUAAUCACCUGGCGUCUGUGGCCACAGAUAAGGAAUUUUUAUUUCAACAUUAAAAGAUGGCUAUAUCUGUCUUUAUCUGUAUUGGGAUGGUGGCAGGAGAGAGAGGAUGAAAAGAAAAGAGCAUCAGGAGAGUACAAACCUGUGGUUAACAAUCUUGUGACUUGUUCAUCAACUGAAACAUACAUGUUCAAGAAAUGUUGAAACAUCGCUUUGACAUUUAAGCAUUUUUUUUGUUUGUUUGUUAAAAUGUAAAAUGUUUUGUUUGAAUUGUUUAUUGUAAAGAAAUAAAUAUUUGUUUCAGAGUACUGUUGUCAUUCAGGCAUUUUUCAUCUGGGCCAAGGGUGUGUAUAAAGUGGCUAGAUUAAGGUUUGUUUUGAGGCAGACAGGUGGAACCAACUUAUUUGGUCCUAUGGGACCAGAAUCGGGCCAACUGUAGUCAUAGAUUUGGCUGAGAUAUGGCUAUGCCAUGGGCCAUAUGGGGCCCAGGUUUUGGCAACCAGACCUGGUCCAGUCUGUAUUUGGGCAAAGUGAAAGUGAAAGUGGGUUGUGUGGCCCAUCACUGGAUCAAACCAGUCUAUCUUCAUAGUACUGUUUAUUUAUUUGUUUGUUCACUUACUUAUAUACUGACUUAAAUUUGCAGUAAAUAAAUCUGAAGAAUUGUCUCUCAGUGCAGCACAACACAAAGUGUUACUAUUUCAGUCCUAAUGGUAUUUUUUUAAUUAUUAUUCGUUUGUUUGUAUGUUUAUUUAUUUACCUCUUUAAAAUUGAAGCAAAUUAAGCUGAUAAAUGGACUCGCAGUGCAGCACAACCCUGACAUAAUAUGUUCAUUAUAUCCAUAGUGUGCUGCAAUCGAGAGUGCAUGUUUAGGGCUGUGUGCGCGUGCGCAUGACCACGUCGAGUUGAAACUUCCGACUUGGCAACCCAACUCUUUUUUGCAGAAUUUCGGCAAGCCAUUUUAUACAGCAAUCCCACCCGCUCACACACAGCAUUUGCAAAUUAUACAAAGUGAUCACAUGUCUCACACACUUUACUUUUAGUUGGAGUGAUGUCAAUAAAGAAAGAGUCCAAGCCUAACCUGAGCCUCUCUCAGGUGACAGAAAUCACUGCACGUCUUUUUGGGUUAACUGUAUCCUCCAUACGUCCUCUGCCCAGUUACGAUGAUCAGAACUUUCACGUCAUGUGUGUGAACGCUGGUGAGUUUGUGCUGAAGGUUAUGAACUCUUCGGACAGUGAGAACAUCAAACUGCUUGAGCUGCAGACACACAGCAUGAACUUCCUGCAGCAGAACGGACUACCGUCUCAAACGGCACUAUGCAGUGUCGCAGGGGAGAUGAUGACUUUGGAGGAGAUCGAUUGCGGAUAUGGCCUGCAGAAAUAUUUGGUGCGUUUGUUAACGUACCUGCCGGGAACUCCAGUGGCCAAAAUCACCUGCACACCACAGAUACUGUAUGAACUGGGGAAAACAGCUGCCAUGCUGAACCAGGUUUUACUGCGGAUGGAGCAUGAGAACCUCAGGGUUCUUCAGCGAGAGAACUUCAUCUGGAGUUUGUCCUGUGUUCCUAUGAUAAAUGAUUAUCUCUCUGUGAUGGACGGAGAUCCAAUGCAGCUCAUCGUUAGAGGAGUUAUUGAUCAGUACCAAAAGCGAGUAGUACCGAAACUCCCCUCCUUCCGCAAGUGUAUAAAUCAUGGUGAUAUGAAUGAUCACAACAUCCUCGUACAGCAGGAUGGGCCUUCCCGUUACAAGAUCAGCGGGAUUCUGGACUUUGGCGAUAUGAGCAGUGGUUAUUUUGUGUUUGAGCUGGCGAUCGCGAUCAUGUACAUGAUGAUCGAGAGCCUCUAUCCGCUUGAAGUGGGUGGCCCGGUGAUAGCAGGGUUUGAGAGCGUGGUUCCUCUAAACUCUGAUGAGAAAGACUCUUUGUAUCUGCUGGUGCUGAGUCGGUUCUCUCAGUCGCUGGUGUAUGCACGUUCUGCGGUUCUACAGCAGCCAGAAAAUGAAGAGUACCUGAUGACCACGGCAAAAAAAGGAAACAGACACCUACAGCUUCUGUGGGAAAAAGGAAAAGAGGAGGUGGAGAAAGUGUGGUUCGGUGGUGCUGCGAAUAUCUCAAUGUUGAUUGCUGAUAGUAAGCCCUUACCCCAAACCCUAAAACCGAAAUAAUAAUUGCUCAUCUCAGCAAACACAACUUUAACCAAUUGCCCUAAUGCUUAACCUGAACCUGCUAGCUAUAAACUAAUCAAGACUGCAGUCACACGUCAUGUUUAAGAUGGAAUUGAGUAACACAGAUUCAUUUAGAUCAAACAGUAGAUACACUAUAUGGACAAUACCUUUGGGACACAUGACUUUACAUACAAUUAUACAAUCUCCUAGUUCAAGUAAAGGGAAAACCCAAACCUGUUCCAGCUUGAUGAUGCUCUGUGCACAA